AUGAAGUGCAUAAUUGAUACUGACCCGGGCGCGGAUGAUGUGCUGGCGCUGAUUAUGGCGCUGAACAGCCCUGAAUUGGAGAUACUUGCGCUGACGACUGUGGAGGGUAACGCGAGGCUGGAGCAUACGACGGCGAACGCACUGCGGCUCCUUGCGUAUAUGGGGCGGUCGGAUAUUCCGGUGUAUGAGGGUGAGUCCAUGCCGUUAGAGGGUGAGUUUCAUCAUGCCUACGAGGUGCAUGGAACGGACGGCCUGACCGUGCGAUUGCCGGAUACUGAGGUCGUUCCCGCAGACGGGAAUGCGGUGGACUUUAUUAUUGAGACCGCGCUAGCGUCGCCGGGCGAGGUAACGCUGUUCGCGCUGGGGCCCUUGACGAAUGUGGCAAGGGCGCUGAUUCGGGAGGAGCGGCUGAAGGAUGCUUUGAAGCGGGUGUAUGUGAUGGGCGGUACGGGCGGUUCUUCGGGGAAUGUUACUCCAUACGCGGAGUUCAACAUUUAUGACGAUCCACAUGCGUCGAAUGUGGUAUUCGGGUCGGGCGCGCCUGUCACGCUGCUUGGGCUAAAUAUAACCCGUCAGACUUCGAUUGCGCGGGACGAUGAGAACUGGUUCACCGGCGAGACUCCCGGAGAAAGGCUGGCGGCUCGGAUUCUGGAGAACUGGUUCGAACUGGGGCAGGGAGAGAGGCGGCGGUUUAGCAUGCAUGACCCGGUUACGAUAAUGGCCUCGCUGAGGCCUGAGCUGAUACGGACGCAGGCGGCAACGCUGACGGUGGAGACGAAGGGAGAGCAUGUAGGCGAGAUUACUGCUGACUACGCAAACGGCGGUAGCGUGGAUGUGGCGGUAGAGGUGGGAAGCGAGGAGGCGCUGGCGUUUAUGCGGGGGUUGUUGAGGGGGUGA